CAGUACGAUGGUUAUGACAGGUUUGAAUUCUCUCAUAGCUACUCCAAAGUAUACACACAGCGAGCACCUUACCACCCCGACGGGGUCUUCAUGUCCUUCGAGGGCUACAACGUAGAGGUUCGAGACAGAGUGAAGUGCAUAAGUGGUGUUGAAGGUGUGCCAUUAUCCACGCAGUGGGGCCCUCAAGGCUAUUUCUACCCCAUCCAGAUUGCACAGUAUGGGUUGAGUCACUACAGUAAAAACCUGACGGAGAAACCACCUCACAUCGAGGUGUACGAAACGGCCGAAGAGAAGGACAAAACCAGCAGGUCCGUGGACUGGACGGUGCCGAAAGGCUGCUCUCUCUCCACGGUAUCUGAUAAAGCCAAGUUCACUAGCGUCAAACACUUUGUUGCUCCAGAAAAUACCGAGGGGGUAUCUCUGCAGCUUGGGAACAGCCGAGAUUUUAUUAUUUCAUUUGAUCUCAAAUUCGUCACGAACGGGAGCAUUUCUGUGGUUCUGGAGACGACAGAGAAGAACCAGCUUUUCACCGUGCACUACGUCUCCAACACCCAGCUCAUCGCUUUUAAGGACCGAGACAUCUACUACGGCAUCGGUCCCAGGACUAGCUGGAGCACCCUCACCAGAGACCUGGUGACCGACCUGCGGAAAGGCGUCGGCCUCUCGAACACAAAAGCUGUGAAGCAGACCAAAAUCAUGCCCAAAAGAGUGGUGAGGCUGAUAGCGAAGGGAAGAGGCUUCCUCGAUAACGUCACCAUCUCGGCCACCGCUCACAUGGCGGCUUUUUUUGCUGCCAGCAACUGGCUGGUGAGGAACCAGGACGAGAGGGGCGGCUGGCCCAUCAUGGUGACGAGGAAGCUGGGGGAAGGCUUUAAGUCCUUGGACCCGGGCUGGUACUCGGCCAUGGCACAAGGACAGGCCAUCUCGACGCUGGUGCGGGCGUACCUGCUGACGAAGGACCACGUGUUCCUCAGCUCGGCCCUGCGGGCGACGGCACCGUACAAGCUGCCAUCGGAGCAGCGUGGGGUGAAAGCCGUCUUCAUGAACCGGCACGACUGGUAUGAGGAAUACCCGACCUCGCCCAGCUCCUUUGUGCUUAAUGGUUUCAUGUACUCCUUAAUCGGGCUGUAUGACUUAAAAGAAACAGCUGGGGAGAAGCUGGGGAAGGAGGCGCGGGUCCUCUACGAGCGGGGCAUGGAGUCCCUGAAGGCCAUGCUUCCCCUCUAUGACACCGGCUCAGGGACCAUCUACGACCUUCGGCACUUCAUGCUCGGCACUGCUCCCAACCUGGCCCGAUGGGACUAUCACACCACCCACAUCAACCAGCUCCAGCUCCUCAGCACGAUAGAUGAGUCCCCCAUCUUCAAAGAGUUCGUCAAGAGGUGGAAGAGCUACCUGCGAGGCGGCCGGGCAAAGCACAACUAG